UUGCAAUAUUGAGCCGUAUAUUGAACAAGGCACCUGCGAUUGGUAAAUUAUUUUUAUUUUUGUAAUUUUUGAACAUAUUUUUGAGGGAAAAUAUCUAAAAACAAAUUUAAUUAUAUUAGUACUUAAAUAACUAUUUUGCUUUUUUGGGGGAGGGGAAUACCUAAUUCUGAAUUUCUAACACGUUGCUGCAACCGGCCAAAUUUCUUCUACUGAGCAAUUAUCGAGGAUUGGAGGUUUACCCUAUAAAAUACAUGCUGCUGUUGGUAUUGGGAAGAAGACUUUUACUGCCCCGGGAGAUGGAUAAAGAGUUUGAAGGGUUGAAAAAAGAAGAAAAGAGGGGUAUGACCGCAGUGUAUGCGGAUUACUUUGAGGAAUUUUGUUUGACUAUUUUUGGUAUUUAG